GGAGGCAGGGCAGGGAGUAGGCAGGGGACGGCGGCGCGCUAGUUGCAAGGGGGAGGUCGCGACCCACGGGCCACGGAAAUCUUCCAAUCUUGAACAUCUCAAAGCCACCUUCGGUGACAUUCAGAAGCAUUCAAGAUGGUGAAUUUCACACAAGUGGAGCUCCGAGAAAUGAUGGGCAAGAAAAAUAACAUUCGUAAUGUGUCUCUUAUUGCCCAUCUGAGCCAUGGCAAGUCUACCCUUACAGAAUCUCUUGUGGCAGCUGCUGGGAUGAUUAGACAUGAAGGUGAUGUUAAAGUUCCCAUGGCUGACACUCAUGCGGAUGUAGCACAGCCUGCGAUGUCCAUCAGAUCUGCUGGCACUUCUCUUUUGUAUGAGAUGAACAAUGAAUCGUUCAAGUCUUACAAAGGUGAAAGAGAUGGCGACCAAUACCUGGUCAACCUUAUUGAUUCGCCUGGGCACACCGAUUUUUCUUCAGAAGUCACAACUGCUCUCCGUGUUACUGAUGGUGCUUUGUUGGUAAUUGAUGCAAUCGAGGGUGUCUGUAUGCAAACUGAAGCUGUUCUCUGCCAGGCCCUUAAUGAGAUGGUUAGACCUAUUCUUUGUGUCAACAAGAUGGACAAGUUAUUCCCUGACCUCCAAGUUGAAAGUGCAAACCCUGAAUCUGUAGGGCACAAGUUAUUUUCUGGGCUCCAAGAUGAAGGUGCAAAACCUGAAUCUAUGGGUGAGCGAGCCUACAAGAUUCUGUCAAAUGUCGUUGAAAAUUCCAAUGAAAUUAUGAAAGCACAUGGUGCUGAGCGCCUUGGUGAUGUCCAAGUCUACCCUGAGACCUCCUCUGUUGCCUUUGCUUCUGGUUUACAUGGUUGGGCAUUUACCAUCGCUAGCUUUGCUAAGAAGUAUGCCUUAAAAUGUGGAGUCGAUGAAACCAAAUUUGCAAAGAGGCUUUGGGGUGAUAAUUUUUAUGACUCUGCCAAAAAAAAAUGGACCAGGAAGAACAGUGGCUCCGACAAUUGUAUUAGAGGCUUCGUACGGUUCUGCUAUAAUCCAAUCGACACAGUUCUCAUGGCCUGCAUGAAUGACAAUAAGGGUGAAUUGUGGGAUCUUUGCCAGAAGCUUGAGGUGAGCUUGAGGGAUGAUGAGAAGGACCUAACAGGCAUGGCUCUUGUGAAGUGUGUCAUGCAAACUUGGCUCCCAGCCAGUACUGCUCUGCUUGAGAUGAUGAUCUGCCACCUCCCCUCUCCGUUAGAAGCACAGAAAUAUCGUGUGGAGAACCUGUAUGAGGGUCCCCUUGAUGAUAAAUACGCAGAAGCUAUUAAAAAGUGUGAUCCUGAAGGUCCUCUUAUGCUGUACGUUUCCAAGAUGGUCCCAGCAUCUGAUGUGGGCAGAUUUUUCGCGUUUGGUCGUGUCUUCUCCGGAAGGAUUGCAGCUGGCAUGAAGGUCCGGGUCAUGGGGCCUUCCUAUGUCCCCGGCAUGGAAACUGAUUUGCACGUGGAGUCUGUCCAGCGUACCAUUAUAUGGAUGGGAAAGAAGCAAUGUGACGUUCCGGAUGUUCCUUGCGGUAACACUGUUGGUUUGAUUGGUCUGGAUGCAUGCAUAACAAAGAGUGCUACCCUGACAAGCGAGAAGGAGGUUGUUGCACGCCCAAUCAGAGCGAUGAAGCUCUCUGUAUGCCCUCUGAUGUUUGUUACAAUUAACUGCAAGGUUCCGUCUGAGUCUCCCAAACUUGUACAAGGUUUGAAGCGUCUGGCGAUGUCUGAUCCCGUGGUUCUGUGGAGCAAGGUAGAGCCUGGUACUUACACAGUUGCUGGAGUGGGAGAACUUCAUCUGGAAAUUUGCUUGAAGGAUCUACAGGAAGAGUUUAUGGAUGGUGUUGAAGUUGUUUCCAGUCCGCCUGUUGUUUCCUUCCGUGAGACUAUCUGCAAGUCCUGUGAUCCUGUGGAGAGGAUGUCCAGAAACAAACAAAUCCAAUGCAGCUUGUCUGUGGUAGCCCGCCCCUUGGAUGAAAACCUAGUCGAGGCUAUUGAAGAUGGUCGCUUGGGUCCACGUACUGACCAUGCGGUACGAUCUGAGAUCCUUGCUAAGCAUGGUUGGGAUAAGGAUCUCGGUGAUAACAUUUGGUGCUUUGGUCCUGAUGCUGUUGGCCCGAAUGUGAUUGUUAAUAGGUGCAAUAAUAUAAUACAGAAUCUAGAGUUAGCGAAGAAAGUUAUCGUGGCUGGCUUCGAGAUGGUGGCAAAAGAAGGCGCAUUGGCAAAAGAAAAGUUGCAUGGCAUAUGCUUUGAGGUUCAUAAUGUUAAUAUACAUGCUGAUGAAGCUUUGAAAGGUACAACUGCUCAGCUCAAUAAGAUGGUUAGGACAGCACUUAUUGAGUCUCAGCUCGCCGCCAAACCAAGGCUUCUCGAACCCACCUACAUUGUGGCGAUCCAGUGCCCUAAGAGUGCCCUCAGCACUAUCUACGGAAUUCUCCACCAGAGGAAUGGUUCUGUGUAUGAGGAGUUUGUGAGAGAAGGCACGAUGCUACACAUCCUGAAGGCUUACGUUCCAGUUUAUGAUUCCUUUGGCCUCUCCAAGGCAAUCAGUGCUGCAACAUCUGAGCUGGUCACCCCGCAGUGUAUUUUUGGAUAUUGGAGCGACAUGUGCUCUGAUCCUUUCCAGGCAAAUGCGCCAGCCGGGCAAAUGGUCUUGGAUAUCCGCAAGAGGAAGAAGAUGGGCAGGCCCUCUUUCCAGAAGUAGCUCCAGCUUUCCUUGCUUCAGUGUAUGUUGUUGUUAUCUGACAUCUUCCGAGUGCGCUCUUCUCAUUGCUAGUAUGCAGUGCCGGGGUUCGCUUCACUUGAUCGGUCGUCAACGACAUCUAUCACCCCUGAAGGGAAGGGAGGGGCUGCUGCUCCCCACAGCUAGGAAUGUCUAAUGGAACUGACUUUCACACUGAGCUGAACUGUUUAGCGUCAGUCGUCGCCCGCCGCAUGUGUUAAGAAGGAACUUAAUUGGUGUCAAUGUACCUGAUGUCGCCUCUUUGCUCAGCAAGUGCUGGCUGUAGAGGAUUUUGCUGCUCUACAUCUCCUUCCCGAUCGAGUGCCCUAGUUUUUGCUGAAUGCUACUACAUGCCAUGUGUACUGAUCUUUGUGGAUGGGCUCCGUUGCUCUGCAAGUGCUAGCUGUAGAGGAUCUUGCAUGCUACCCUACUUUUUGCUGAAUGUUUGGUUCCGA